UGACCCCUCACCUCUGCUUCCUGAGGGUGUCAGAGGCCCUGUGAUCCACUGGCUGAAGACGGGUGCAGAAGAAAAGCAGGCAGUGGGCCCUGGCUGCUCCCACAGUCCUCUUGAAAGAAAUUUGCCAGCCCUGGGCAUUGGCCCCUUGCCGGCUAUUCACAGGGUCCUGGCCUCCCGAUGCUUUGAAUAAGAAGCCUUGUCAGGUGGGGCAAAGGCAGGUCUCAGAGAUCUCUGGGCACGCCCCCUGCUCAGGACCCAGAAAGCUCCUGAGUGCUUGCUGGAUGGUUAGGGUAUUUCUCCUCUCUAAAGGCAAAGACUGCCUAGUAGCCAGUCAAGAGAUCAAUGCACCUUUUCCAGCAAGAGGAACUUCACAUAUUACCACACAGAAGGCAUAAUAUGCUUGCUGCAUCGAAGGGAGAGGACGCCCCGCCUCAAAAUUAGGCCAGCUCCUUUGGAAAGAAAGAGUUAACCCUCCUCCAACUCACACUGGCCCAGCACACACUGCCCUAGGGCAGGUGGGUUAGCAGUCAGGAUCCUUCUGUGCUCAGCUGCAGGGGAACCACCUCUCUAAAAAGUGAGGUUCCAGAACACCUGGGACCUGCAAACAAGGAACUCUCCCCAGCAGAGGGCUGACACCAAGAGGGGAUUCCAAGUGCAGUUGAAGCUUGCUUUGAGUUUCCAUUAAAGCGGGUAGGAAGGAACCAGUUUUUUGGGUUUUUUUUUUUGCGGUACGCGGGCCUCUCACUGCUGUGGCCUCUCCCGUUGCGGAGCACAGGCUCCGGACGCGCAGGCUCAGCGGCCAUGGCUCACGGGCCCAGCCGCUCCGCGGCAUGUGGGAUCUUCCCGGACCCGGGCACGAACCCGCGUCCCUUGCAUCGGCAGGCGGACUCUCAACCACUGCGCCACCAGGGAAGCCCUGAACCACUGUUUUCUGGUCUCUUGUCUCUUGGUAACCAGAAAUUUCCACCUCACUGUUUAAAAGAACCAAAAUUAGGCAUAACCUAGAGAAGGGAGACACCUAAUCUGGCAAGUGCCUGAAACUCAGCUCAAGGAAAAAGUGCAGCAGGACCCCUCGGGUCAGGAGAGCAUUUAAUGAGCACUAGCUGUGUGCCCCAUGCUCAUUGCCAGGCGCUCCCGUGUGCGGUCCUGUUCCAUUUAAUCGCCAAAACCCCUGGGAGGUAGAUAACAGCAACCCUUGUUGUUAGUAUUUGCAUGAGAUUUUCAGAUGAGGGGCUCAGAAGAGGUUCCGGUGGUGGCCCUCGGCCAGGAGGAGGCCUGGAGGCCCGACGGGUUUCCCAAGCCUCUUGUGUCCAGAUUCCCUGCACGGGAGCUGCCGGACUGAGGAUCUAGGGAAGCAGGAUGGAGGUCCCAGAGAGAGCUGGACCCCAACUCCCAGCCUGGGGUGGUAAAAGGCAGGCAGGGGUGGCUCGGAGUUGACAGGGGCCGAGCACCGGAAUGGGAAGCCAAGCCCGCAGCCGUCGGCGCAGGGUGGAGCGGGCGCGCUGGGAGUGGCGGCUGGUCGGGGCGGAAGAAGGGCUGUCAAGUUCGUCUUCCCAGGCGGGUCCUGGCUCCGCCCGCUGCACCCACACCCGGGCGCCGGCGGUCCCUUUAAGAGGCCCGGGCCUUCCGCCCGUGCUCCUGGGGCUGCCCGCCGCCGCCAUGGCCGCGCAGGGGCUGGAGGACAGGCUGACCUGUGCCAUCUGCCUGGAGCUCUACCAGGACCCGGUGACGCUGCUCUGCGGCCACAACUUCUGCAGGGCCUGUAUCCAGGACUGCUGGAGCCGCCGCGAGAAGGAGUGCCCCGAGUGCCGGGAGCCCUUCCCCGACAGCGCCGAGCUGCGCCGCAACGUGGCUCUGAGCGGCGUGCUGGAGGAGCUGCGCGCCUGUCAGGCGCCCGACCCCGGCCCCGGCGCGCGCUGCCCCCGGCACGAGAGGCCGCUCGAGCUUUUCUGCCGCACCGAGGGCCUCUGCGUGUGCAGCGUGUGCACCGUGCGCGAGUGUCGCCUCCACGAGCGGAAGCUGCUGGACGCCGAGCGCCGGGAGCGCGAGGCCCAGCUGAGAGCCACACUGGAGGUCACCCAGCAGCAGGCCACCCAGGCUGAGAGCCAGCUACAGGAGCUGCAGCAGCGAAGCAGCCAGAUCCAGAGCUCAGCCUGCACCCUGACCUCCAUGAUCUCUGGCAAGUUCAGCCGCCUGCUGCAGGCCCUGGAGAUGCAGCGGUACUUGGCUCUGAGGAACAUCGAGGUGGCCAAGACACAGGCGCUGGAACAGGCCCGGGACGAGAAACAACGACUGCAGGGCCACCUGGAGGCCUUGUCUUGCUGUGACCGCAGGAUUCGCAACCUCCUGGAGCAAUUGGAUGACCGGACCUUCCUCCAGGAAUCACAGCUCCUGGCGCCCCCAGGCCCCCUUGGGCCACUGACUCUCCCGCAUUGGGACGAAGAUCAGCAGGUGGGUGGCCUGAAGGAGUCACUGAGCCAGCUGUGUGCCCUCCUCCUGGAAGAGGGGGGCCACCCCGGAGCACCAGCCGAGGCUGCUGACUUUGGCUCCAUGGAGGCCCCAGGACCCCUGGCACCAGUCCCGAGCCUCGUUUGUCCACUGAGGAGGAAACUCUGGCAGAAUUAUCGCAACCUGACCUUCGACCCCGUCAGCGCCAACCGUCACUUCUACCUGUCUCGGCAGGACCAGCGGGUAAAGCACUGUCGCGAGCCCCGGGGCCCAGAUGGGCCGGGCAGCUUCGAGCUCUGGCAGGUGCAGUGUGCCCAGAGCUUCCAGGCCGGGCGGCAUUACUGGGAGGUGCGUGCGUCCAACCACUCGGUGACGCUGGGCGUCGCCUACUCGGAACUGGCGAGGCGCAAGCUGGGGCCCCACACGGACAACAUCGGCCGCGGGCCCAGCUCCUGGGGGCUCUGCAUUCAGGAGGACAGCGCCCAGGCCUGGCACAACGGGGAGGCCCGGCGCCUCCCAGGGGUAUCAGGGCGGCUCCUGGGCAUGGAUUUGGACCUGACCUCCGGCUGCCUCACCUUCUACAGCCUGGAGCCCGAGACCCAACCCUUGUAUACCUUCCAUGCCAUCUUCGCCCGGCCCCUCCACCCCGUUUUCUGGCUCCUCGAGGGUAGGACCCUGACCCUGUGCCAUCGGCCCGAGGCCAAGCUCCCUCCAGGGCUCCAGGAAGAGGCCUCAGGGCUCAGCUGAGGAAGGCACGGGAUGGAGCUCGGGGUCAGGACCAGGUGCCACCAGGCCUGUGGGCCCAAGAACUGCCCCAGCCCCUGGCCUGGGGGCCUGAGGCCACAGCUCUAACGGGACCAGUUGUUGGCCGGAAGACCGAGUCAGGACCAGGCUGGGCCACUUGGAGAGAGAGGUGGGUGGAGCCUCCAAACUGGAGUUUACCUUUCCAGCCUCUCUGAAAGGGACAGGGGCUAAAGGAAGUAAAAUGGGGGUCCAGUUCUAGCCACUGGCUGGACCUCAGAGGCUAGUGCAGUGCCCAGGGCUCCUGGUCCUUCAGGAGAGCGAGUGUGGUGUGGGGCACACCACAGAGUGGGACAGACAAAAUCGUACAUGCAACAGCCCCAGUGUAGACCGAGGCACAAACAAUUCCUAGAGGAAAUCUUGGGAAAAUUGAUAUUUACCUUUUUCCUCCUCAUCUUUAUCUCUUUGCUUUUUGUUAUUUUCCUUAACAUUUGCUAUAUUUUGGUCUUUUUCUCUUUUACUUUGUACCUCCUUGUGAUCGUAUUCUAUACACAGUUGUGUUUUCUGCAUGUUUUAUCUAACAAGCAUUUUUCACAUUGUUAAAAAGUUUUCUCUGAAUGACUACAGUAUAGACAGUCAUUCUACUGACGAAGACAAAUUCUAACCAGAGUUUGUUUACCCUUUAUUGGACGUGCAAAACGUUUUAUUUGAGGGCUGUAAAAAUAUGGCCGUGAUGACUAUGUUUGAACAGGAAGCUUUGGCAUAUUUAUUGUUACCUACGUAGGCUACAUUUCCUAAAGAGGAAUUGCUCAACAGAGAAACAAUGAACACUUGAAGAUUUUUUCUUUGUAUACAAAGGAGCAAAAUAAAGAAACCUUGAGUCAGGCCAGCUAGUGCCCCUGUCCCGCAUCCCACCAGGCAAGUUGCUGCGGCAGGGCCUCAGCCGCCGUCUCCCCCACCUCAUCCCCAGCCGGGGUGUGGAGGUUAAGCACAGUCGUUCGUGUAGGUGCCAGCACACUGCCAACUCCUUUUGUUUUGGCUUUUGCUCUUCGGAACGUGUUUCCGCGAAGAUCCUUGUACAUGUUUUUGCUUGUGUUUCUGGAAGUGAGGGUGCUGGGCCAUAAGGGAGCAGUAGUUUUGUACUUGAAAUGUUCCACUUCUUGAUCUGGGUGGUGGUUCCGAGGGUGUUUGCUUUAUAACUUUUCCCACUGCACACACAUGUUUUAUAUACUCAACGUGUAAGUAUCUGACAAUAAAAGUUUAAUUAAAGGAUAACACAUACUCCAAAAAUUACAAAAUAUUUUUAUAUAAAGUGUACCUCCCUCCCCACAUGGUAACCUGGCCUCGGCCGCUGCCAGGGUUGCAAACUCCAUCUUGUGGCCU